AUGGCGGACGAUGGAGGAGGUGGCGGCGAUGAGCACCUUGUCCAGAUAACUGUUGGGGGCGCCGGGCAAGGCAAGGUCGACCCGCCGGAGAAGCGGCUGAAUCGCUUCGUUCGUGCCGUCGUGCUGAUCGAGAGAGUGGGCAAUGCGCUUGGUACGCUGGCAUUCACGUGGGCCACCGUGGUCCUGCUCGGCGGCUACGCCAGUAAACUCCACUCCGAUGAUGAUUUUAGUUUCGGGACAAUCUUGAUUCUCCUAGAGGCCGCAAGGAUGUUCACCCGUGACAAGAACAGUCUAGAUUAUCAACUGUUCUUUAAUACCAGAGGAGCAUUUAGGCCCCUUGGCUGGAGUGGACUGACUGUAAUUGCAUGUUUUUGUGGUGUGCUGAAAAUCAUCUGGAAGAAACAUCGGAUCGCUAGCAUGGUGCUCUUAUUGAGCCCAAUAUUUGUCCGGUCAUUAUCUGAGGUGUCACCAGGAGUAUGGGAUCCGAUGCGUCGUGCCGUAUCACUAUGGGUGCUCGUAGCAACAAUAGGCAAUCGGUGCUUCAGAAUAAUCAGUAAACAAGAAUUUUGGCGUCAAGUUAUUAUAAACAUGUGCAUGAUUGCUGCUCUAGGGAUGCUGGUGUACAUGUUUGAUGUACAUGAACAUGAACCAUCAACGAUGAUCAUAAUUGAAGUAUGUGCACUAGUGAUCGUAUCAUUUGGCAACUUACAGAUUCCAGCAGCAGUUGUGCGGGUCAUUCUAGCAUUAAGUGGGCUUAUACUACUACAACAUGGUGGAAGUGAGCCUGAAUACGAUGAACUCUUGGAUGGCCUAAAAAACAUUGGAGCAACUCUAAAACUCUUCUAUGGGAUGGUGCUUGUACAAGGAAUAUUCUAUGCCGUGGCCUGCAUGUUAGAGUUCUUCUCUUUCAUCCCUCGAAAAUCCCUCAUCCACCGUGUUGGAUUUAAUCAGUGGGGAAUGAAAUCUGUCAAUAUGUACUAUGCAUAUGCGUCAGAAAAAUGCAAACAAGGGGGUGUUCUUGCUCCGAAGAGGAUCAGCCUCAGCACCUUUGCCAUGGAUUCUGUGAAGUCGGAUUUUUGUUUGGAGAAAUCAGAUUCAACCAACAAUCACCUGUACGGGAUACAAGUGGUGCACAACUUUCUGCAAAGUGAACUAACCAAGGCACAACUCCUUUCAAAACUCGCCACUUCUACCAAGACGAUGGCCAGAAUAAUCAGAAUGUUGGAUUGGACAAGUCCAAAGGAUACAGCUAUCAGAUUAUAUGCCGCAAAGGUCAUGGUGGAGCUAGCAAAGAAUCUCCGUGUUGGCACUAUCCCUGGUACAAUGCAGCUUGUAUCUGCACUUCUUGACACUGAUCGCAGACUGCAAAGAGGAAACCCGCUCCUAGACACUGACAAUGAACACGGAGAAAGACAAGAUCCAGUUCUGAAUACAGAAGACAACAGAGAGGUAGCUGAUAAACAAUUGCAAACACAAGGUCAACUUCGGGACACUGAAAACGUGCCAGAAACAGAAAGCAGAUCAGCCCAAGAAGUUAGCAUCAGAGAACAGAACUCAUGUGCGCUCAGAUGCUGGCAGCGUAUUUCAGAAUUCUGGUCAAUACCCGAUGAGGAGCUGCUCACAGACCACGAUCUUCUACCUGUGCUGGCCAUGUCAAUUAUAGACAGUCUUGCUGGUUGUGGUCGGGAUAACUGCGUGGAAAUCAGCAAAGUAGAUGACCUCCUCCCGAAGAUCAUAAGAUUCACAAGAUUCAGAAGUGACACCGUGAAUAAUGAGGCACAGCAGAAGAUCAUGCUGAAGUCAUCACUGAAAGUGCUGCAAAGGCUCACAAGCAUAGGCGGGAAAAUCGGCAUCACACUGCGGUCCAAGAUAUCAGAAGAUCCGUUCCUCUUGAGUAACCUUGCAGAGAUCUUGGGGAACAACAAGAGCAGCCAGGAAUCGAGAAAGUUGGUGGUGGGAAUCCUCAGAAACAUGGCCAUUGAUGAGAAAACAAGGCAGGAGAUUGGUCGCAUCGAAAUGAUCAUCACCAAGCUGAUGCAGGCGUUUCUCAAUGCAGAAGGAACCAGGAGUACCAAUGCUGAUCCCUUGUCACGGAAGGUCGCCGGGCAAGCACUGGCAAUGCUGACAACAGAGUGUGUCCAAAAUUGCUUGGUUUUGAUGAAGGAACCAGAGUUCAUUAAGAAGCUCAAACCUAUGAUUUUGAUCCAUGAUGGCACGUACAUAUAUGUGGCAGCAAGCCUGUUGCGUAAUGUAUGUUUGCACGCUCGAUCCAAGCUUAGAGACUCGGACCUGAAGGAGCUAUCUCGUACCUUACGAGAGGUGUGGGAAAGAAUAAUGGACGCGGAAGGGGCAGAACUAGAGAUCCUGAUUGGGCUUAGUUCGCAGAUAUGUGAAGUUAAUCCUGAAGACUUCACCCGUGGACUAGGCAAUGGUCAGAUUAAGCAGAGAUUUCUCAAGAAGCUUAUCGUCACACUGAAUGCAAAUAUGAAACCUAGCACUCAUUGUCCUGGGGUUAGGAGGGUGAUAGUUGAGCAAUUCAUACACUUGAUGGAGUACAAUUCUGGCUAUGCAGAUUGGCUCAGUGAAAUUGGGAUGACAGCAGCAUUAUUAAUGGUAGAACAAACACUAUCAAAGGUUGAGGACUAUAGGCUCUUCUUGGGCGAUGAAGGAUUUAUGAAGUACAACAUGCCUUUGUCCAAUCUUGUGGCCAUAGCAAAAAAACUUAUGGGCUGUGACUGUGUUAUGGCCCAGGCGCAGGAGAUCAGGGAUUAA